AGAACCGCCUACCGCUGCUGCUUUGAAAUCAACUGACCGGCCGCUAAUCACAGUCGGAGUUCGUCGUCGGCCGCAAGAGAAACCUGUCAAGUAUAAGGUUCUCAUUCUCAAAAGACUCACAAAACUGCCGUUCUUGUUCUUGCACCAUCUGUUCCGCCUCUGUUCGUGUUCAUCAAUUCUUAAUACUUGUUCAUAUUGAACUGAAAGAUUUGAAAAUGUUGAGUAUUGAUACUACAAGAAAGUUAUCAUUUAAUCGAUCAAUUAGUAACGGCGAUUUGGUAAUUGUUUAUGAAAGGCAUGACAACAUGAAGGCUGUAACAGUAUCUGAGGGAUCAGUUUUGCAGAAUCGGUUCGGUGUUUUUAAGCAUGCAGAUUGGAUAGGAAAGUCAUUUGGGUCCAAAGUAUUCAGCAAUAAGGGUGGAUUUGUUUAUUUGUUAGCUCCUACGCCUGAAUUAUGGACUUUAGUUUUAAGCCACAGGACGCAGAUUCUAUAUAUUGCGGAUAUUAGUUUUGUUGUUAUGUACUUGGAGAUUGUUCCUGGUUGCGUUGUUCUUGAAUCUGGAACUGGAAGUGGGUCUUUAAGUACUUCCCUUGCUAGGGCUGUUGCUCCUACAGGACAUGUUUAUACAUUUGAUUUCCAUGAGCAAAGGGCUGGAUCAGCUAGGGAUGAUUUUGAGAGGAUUGGUCUAAGCAGCUUAGUAACUGUGGGAGUGAGGGACAUUCAAGGUGAGGGUUUUCCCGAAGAAUUUGCUGGCUUGGCUGAUGCAGUAUUUUUGGAUCUACCACAGCCUUGGCUAGCUAUUCCUUCAGCUGCAAAAAUGUUAAGACAUGAUGGCACGCUUUGCUCUUUCUCCCCUUGUAUUGAACAAGUACAACGAUCAUGUGAAACAAUGCAAUCCAACUUCACCGAUAUAAGGACUUUUGAGGUACUCCUAAGGACAUACGAAGUUCGAGAAGGGAAAACAGAAAGCAAGGAAAUUAAUGGUAAUGGCUCUAAUGGUUCGCUUCCUUGUAAGAGGCGACAAUGUUCAGAUGGAGCUAAUGUGCUUAGCUAUCCUAAUUCUUCUGUUAUGGCUAGACCUUCUGGUGAAGCUAGAGGUCACACGGGUUAUUUGACAUUUGCAAGAUGUCUCUCAUGAAGAAUGUUAUUGUAAUUUUAUGAUACUCAAAAUCAGUGUAGCGGAAUUUGGAAUAUGCUAUUUAGAACAAAAGUAUUGUCAAAUAGUUGCUAUAGUGGUGCAAUAGCACACUAUUGCAUAGCGGAAUUUCACAAGCGCUAUAGCACUAUUUUCCGUUAUCUGCGAUUGGUAACAUUGAUUCAAUUGUAACAUUAUACAACAGUUUUUUUGUUCUUCAUUUAUAACUAUGUUUUCAAAGGAAAAUUUAACAUGCACUUGGGGUACUACAAACAUGCUCUUUUGAUUA